ACGGACUACAAACGCUAACCGGAAGUAGCUAAAAGUAGUGUUUUCUGUGCAGAGCUGCAAAAACUGCGGAGGUGAGUAUUGACUGAAGGCAGUGCAAAGGUCGAAGUGGAAGCAGUAGGUGUCACGGUUGAUCUAUGAGACUUCCUCUUCGCUCCUUUUGCAUCUUCAGGAGUGUAAUCGCUCGGGGGCAAGCUGUGGACGUGCAGAGGCGAGGACUCAGCGGUGCAGCGAUGCGUCUGGUGCAGUUUCGACGUCGUGGUGAAGGAGCAAGCAUCAGGGUGGGAGUGGAGCAAGGUGAGGGGCACAGUGUGGUGGAUCUGAAGGCAUUUGACCCCUCGAUGCCGUCAACAAUGAGAGAGCUUCUGGAGCUGGGAGACAAGGGCCUGGAGUGUGCACAGAGAGCUUUGGCGUCCGGUAAGUGUGUAGUAGACCGAGCAGACAUCCAGCUGCUGUCUCCAGUGACAGGUCCAGAGAAGGUGGUAUGUGUGGGUAUGAACUACCGCGACCACUGCCUGGAACAAAAUGCUCCAAUCCCCAAAGAACCAAUCAUCUUCAACAAGUUUCCCAGCGCCAUUACAGGGCCGUACGAUGACAUCAUACUGCCCUCUGAGAGCCAGGAGGUGGACUGGGAGGUGGAGUUGGCCUUUGUGAUAGGACGAAGAGGAAAACACAUCAAGGAGGAAGACGCUCUCUCCUACGUGGCCGGGUUCACCGUGGCCAAUGACGUCAGCGCUCGUGACUGGCAGAUGAAGCGUAACGGGAAGCAGUGGCUUCUAGGAAAGACAUUUGACAGCUUCUGUCCUCUCGGCCCAGCCUUAGUAACCACUGACACCGUGACAGAUCCUCAUAACUUGAGUAUCCGCUGCCUGGUUAAUGGAGACACGGUCCAGAACAGCAACACGGAUCAGAUCAUCUUCAAGACAGCAGCGCUUGUCGCUUGGGUCUCAAAGUUUGUGACAUUGAUUCCAGGCGAUGUGUUUCUGACAGGAACUCCUCCAGGCGUGGGUGCAUUUAGAAAGCCGCCCAUCUUUCUCAAGAAAGGGGACGUGGUGGAGUGCCAGAUAGAACAAUUAGGUUCUAUAAUCAACAAAGUGGUGUGAACCCUGAGAAGAGAAUCCAUGAAUGAACAUCAGCCGCUGAACUGCACCUUCUGAUCACCCGCUCCUCACAAUGAAUUACUAUUCAAAUAGUUUUUUCCCCCCUUUUACAUAAUGUGAAAAAACCAUCAGGAGAUAUGUAAAACUGCCUGAUGAAUGUUUUAUUCAUGAUACUUCAGUAAUUGUGAGGAGAGAAAAUGUGUUAUUUUCUUUUACUACACAAAACAGAGUAAUUAUGUGACUCAACCUCAGAGUCAUCACGAGCUGUAAAAAAUACCCUCCGUCAGCAGCCGCCCACUCGUGCUGUGCAGAAGAAACCGUGAACCUACUGAUUUUUCUUUUUAUGUGAAAAUAAAAAAAUAUUUUGACACUGACGUAAAAAGUAUUUCUAAUUAUGAUUAAUAUUCAGGAUCAAAGACUGCAUAUAAAACUUCAGUCAGAAGUGAAAGAACAUCAUCUUUCCCAUAAAAGAAGGAAAACAGAUUACUAGAUGUGUGGAAAUUAAUGAAAUUAAAAAAAUGCUGCUUUC